AUGGAAUCAGACGAUUGUGAGAGUAAGAAAGUUGCAGCAUUGGCAAGAAGAAGGAGAAAACAAAUUCUCAGUGAAAGAAGAUUUAAAAGAAGUAGAGUUGGUGAUAAAGUAUUGGAUUUUGAAGUAUGUUUCAGUAGGAACUAUGAUCCAUCCAUUGAAAACAUCAGAACACCACUUUCUAACAUCACUUCUUCGGUGAUUAAUCAAAGGAGUCAAAACUCGAAUACACAUCCAGCAGAGCUUCUAAGGUCAUCAGCAACGGGUAGAAACGUCAGUGUCAAUAAGUUUCAGAAUCAAAGGCAACGCAAUGCUUAUAAACUGAAGUCAAAUACGACAACACCCAAAGUUGGUUCAUGCAGCUCAAAUUCAACAUGUACUAUGGAUACCAUGUCCCCUAACCUGGUAGCUGCGACAUCAUAUCAUCGAACAAAGACAAUUAUUCAACCAAAUACGCCACGGCUGAGCAGACAACAUGCUUUCAAUUCUCCUGUUAGCCUCGAUACAAACACACCUUCAAGUGGUACAACAUCUUCCAAUGCUAAUCAAGUCUUCAAAAACGUUAAUACACUGCAAAGUGGACCAGUCGUUUCAUCCAGAAGACAAUUGAAUGUUGGUGCUAUUCAAUCUAUGGCCGCCAAUCUAUUCAAAAAAUUCUCAAAUAUUGAUCAUUAUGGUGAGUCUUCAUCCACAAGCAAUAUUCACCGCAACACAAGUGUUAAUAAAGAAGCAGAUGAAACCGUUGAAGAUGGAACAACGGAUGAUUCAAUAUCUGAUAGUGAUUGUGAGUUCAUAAAUGCAAAUCCUGACUAUGACACAGCAUCAACUCUUGAUGAUGAAGAAACUAUAGAACCAAACUAUGCGCCGCAAAACAUGAAAGAUUCUGGCUACUCUGAUAUCGGUGAUCCAAUUGUCGAAUGCAUACAUUGUGGAGCACUGAUGUGGUAUCAAGAGAAGCCAGACAAACGAAAACAUAGUGCUGUACCCAAAUUCCAAUUAUGUUGUGGAAAUGGUAAAGUUGUGUUGCCGCUUUUGAAUGAACCGCCACUGUUACUAAAGCAUCUAUUGUCUGAUGAUAAUGAUUCAGACUGUAUAAACUAUCAGCAGUAUUGCAGAUUGUACAACAUUAUGUUUACCUUUACGUCACCCGGAAUGAAGUUUGACAAUAGAUACCAAUCGGCAGGAGGACCGCCUAACAUAAGGAUACAUGGACAGACUUGCCAUAGAAUUGGGAGCAUGCUCCCUUUAGAUGGAGAAACACCAAAAUUUGCACAGCUUUAUAUUUAUGACACUGAUAAUGAAAUCCAUCAUAGAAUGGAAGGAAUAGGUCAUAAUCCUAAUGUGAAUCCAGAAACGGUUGGAAAAUUGAAACUUAUGCUUGAUGAGUUCAACACACAUGCUAAAACAUUUAGGAUGGCAGCAGAUCGACUAAAAGAUUCUCAUGUACCCGAUCUAAAAUUGAAAUUAAUCGCCGAUCGAUCCAAGGACGGAAGAGUUUAUAAUCAACCAACAGUUUCUGAAGUUGCCGCACUUAUCGUUGGUGAUGUUGAUACAGGAUCUAAGAGACAUAUUAUACUUGAGAGACAGAGUGGGAGGCUGAAAAGGAUAAGUGAGUUUCAUCCAAGUUAUCUUGCUUUACAAUAUCCACUUUUGUUUCCAUAUGGCGAAGAUGGUUUUAGAAUCGGUAUUCUACACAGGGAAACAAAAGCAAAGAAAAAGAAGAAUAAACUUACUAUCAGAGAAUGGCUUACGUUUCGGAUUCAAACCAAAACAGCCGAAGCACACACACUUUUGAUGUCCAGAAGGCUUUUUCAGCAAUUUUUGGUUGAUGGUUUCACCAUGAUGGAGUCUCAAAGGUUGAAUUACAUACGCAAGCACCAGAAAAAACUAAGAGUUUCAAAAUACAAUAAUUUGAACGGUCCAGAACAGAAUCAGAACACUCAAGGAGCAAACAAGGGUAAGAGGGUUGUUUUACCAUCAACUUAUGUUGGAAGUCGAAGAUACAUGGAGCAAUUGUAUUUUGAUGGAAUGGAUAUUUGUAGUCAUAUUGGUUUUCUUGACCUUUUUAUCACAUUUACAUGCAAUCCAAUGUGGCCCGAAGUUAAAAGACUGCUUCACCCAAUGAGGUUGCAGCCCCAUGAUCGUCCCGACAUUAUAUCAAGAGUUUUUAAAAUUAAGUUGGAUGAGUUGUUGUUUGAUUUGACUAAGAAGCAUGUCUUAGGGAGAGUGGUUGCAUAUAUAUACACCGUUGAGUUUCAAAAGAGGGGUUUACCACAUGCUCAUAUUUUGCUAUUCAUGCAUCCGCAAAGCAAGUAUCCCACUCCCGAGGAUAUAAACAACAUCAUUUCAGCAGAGAUACCAUCAAAAGAAGAUGAUGUGGAAUUGUAUAAUCUGGUGAAGAGACAUAUGAUUCACGGUCCGUGUGAUUUGCCUCAGACCGUAGUUGAUCAGGAUGGAUAUCCUGUGUACCGAAGGAGGGAUACUGGAAACACUGUUACGAUAAAAAACGUUGUUCUUGAUAACAGAUCUGUUGUUCCUCACAAUCCAUAUCUGUUGAAGAAAUUUCAAGCUCACAUUAAUAUGGAAUGGUGUAAUCAAGGUACUUCGGUUAAGUACUUAUUUAAAUAUAUAAACAAGGGGUAUGACAGGAUUACCGCUGCUGUCGUAGGAGACAACGACAGUCCUUUGACCGCUAAAAAUUUCGAUGAAAUCAAGCAGUAUCUUGAUUGUAGAUAUGUCUCACCAAGCGAAGCAUGUUGGCGAAUAUUUUCUUUUCCCAUUCAUGGAAGGUCUCCUACAGUAGAAAGAUUAUAUUUUCAUCUUGAGGGCGAUAAUUCGGUAUAUUAUACAGAUUACGAACUGAUAGAUGAGGUUCUUGAAAAACCAAGUGUGAAGGAAUCAAUGUUUACCGCUUGGAUGGAAGCAAACAAAACAUAUCCAGAGGCCAGAAAUCUGACCUACUCAAAUUUCCUCACUAAGUUUGUUUAUGAUAAAAGAUACCGACGAUGGAGACCGCGUAAGAGAGGGCACACCAUUGGAAGACUAAUAUGGGUUCCUCCAAGUACAGGUGAGCUGUAUUACCUGAGAAUGAUGCUGACUGUUGCAAAAGGGCCAACAUGUUACGAGGAUAUAAAAAAGGUCGGUGGAAUUGUUCGGGACAGUUUUAGGGAUGCAUGUUUUGAAAUGGGAUUUCUUAAUGAUGACAAGGAAUAUGUUGCAGCUAUUAACGAGGCCAAAGAUUGGGGUUCGGGACAUUUUUUGAGAAAGUUAUUCGUAACUAUGCUAUUGUCCGGUACAAUUAACAGACCGCGUCACGUUUGGCAAAAAACUUGGAAGAUGCUGUCCGACGGUAUUCUGCACCAACAAAGACAGUUAACUAAUAUAAAAGAUAUGCAGUUAACAGAAGCUGAGUUGAAAAACUUGACCCUCAUUGAGAUUGAGAAUAUGUUGCAAUCCAAUCGAAGAAGUUUGCACGAAUUCAAAGACAUGCCAAAUCCAGAUGCUUAUGUCACACGGCACGUUGGAAACCGACUGAUUUACGAAGAACAUGAUUAUAAUACUAAAACUGAGCGAGAAAACUUCAACAAUCUCUUUCGAGCCCUUACAGAUGAACAACGCUCAAUCUUUGAAAAAAUCAUGGAAGCUGUCGGAAAACAAAGAGGAGGGGUCUUUUUUUUACACGGUUAUGGAGGGACCGGUAAAACUUUCAUGUGGAGGACACUAUCAAGUGCACUUCGUUCGAAGAAAAAAAUUGUGUUUGUUGUUGCUUCAAGCGGUAUAGCUUCGUUGUUAUUACCAGGUGGACGAACUGCUCAUUCCAAGUUUAAAAUUCCUGUGCCAACACUUGACAACUCCACUUGCAAUAUUGACAAAAACACUGAACAUUCUCAAUUAUUCGAGGCAACGGACGUGAUAAUAUGGGAUGAAGCACCUAUGGCUCAUAAAAAUUAUUUUGAGGCAUUGGAUAGAACACUUAAAGACGUCAUGACCAAGAAGGGAUUUGGGAAUAAAAUCUUUGGCGGCAAAGUUGUUGUUUUUGGAGGAGACUUCAGACAGAUUCUUCCAGUUGUUCCGAGAGAAGCGCGUUCUGAUAGUGUUCAUGCAUCCAUAUGCUCCUCUUAUAUCUGGGACUAUUGCCAGGUUCUAACACUGACAAAAAACAUGAGACUUCAGCAGGGAAGCGAUAAUACAAGUUCUAAUGAAUUAGCGCAGUUCUCAAAAUGGAUUUUAAAUGUCGGUGAUGGUAAGAUAUCUGAACCAAAUGAUGGAUUGGUGGACAUAGAGAUUCCUCAAGAUUUAUUGAUUACCAAUUAUGAAGAUCCUAUCAAAGCUAUUGUUGAGAAUACAUAUCCCAAUUUGGUUAAUGUAUUCCAAGAUGUUGCAUAUCUACAAGGAAAAGCAAUUCUUGCCUCAACCAUUGAAGUUGUGGAUAAGAUCAAUCAUUAUGUAUUGGACCUUAUACCAGGUGAAGAGAAAGAGUAUCUUAGUUACGAUUCAAUCGAUAGAACUGACUCGAGUUAUACCGAAGCUUAUGAAGUGCUAACUCUAGAAUUUCUUAGCAAAUUAAGGACAUCAGGUUUACCAAAUCAUAUAAUCAAAUUGAAAGUUGGUACUCCCAUUAUGCUUAUGAGAAAUUUGGACCAGUCAGAUGGAUUGUGUAAUGGAACAAGAUUGAUUGUCACAAGGUUGGCCAAUCAUGUCAUUGAGGCAAAAAUUAUUUCUGGCAAGAACAUAGAUAACCUUUUUUACAUUCCUCGAAUGUCUAUGUCACCUUCAGAGUCACCGUGGCCAUUUAAGUUGAUUAGGAGACAAUUUCCAAUUAUUGUCUCUUACACAAUGACAAUUAAUAAGUCUCAAGGUCAGUCUCUUGAUAGUGUUGGUUUGUAUUUGCCUUCUCCCGUGUUUAGUCAUGGACAACUUUAUGUUGCAAUCUCAAGAGUUACUACAAAAAGUGGUCUUAAAAUCUUAAUACACGACAAAGAGAAUGUUCCGUGCUCCACUACCACAAAUGUUAUAUACAAGGAGGUUUUCCAAUCACUUUGUUAG